CGCCAAGGUUGCCUCCACUGGUACCCGACCUUUGCCCCUAGCAGUAAAUGUGUAAGGUAGUAAGUAGACACGCACACGCUGGAGGUACCUCUUCUCUAAGUAUCCUUGAGCCCUGGGCUCUCCACCACAACUGCCCAGCUCCCCUACCGCCAGGCGCCUCUAUAUUCUACUCCAUACACCGUAUCCAUACCUCUCUCACUUUACAUCCAUACCUACCUUACACACUCACGACAGGCUUCGACUUUUAUCUCCCACGCUCCUUCAUCCCACGCUGCCGCAGACGCGCUGUGCCGCGCUUGUAUCGAUCGCAUCUUCUUCCAUUGUCUCUUUUUUUUCCCUGAUCCGCUUCAGCCUUACCUGUCUACCUACCUAGGUACGGUGCAGUACCUACUCCAGCCUCACUUAAAGGUACAACUAGGCUAGGUCGAUCGGGUCUUGGUUGUCUUGUGCCGCACCACACUGCAUCGCUUCCUCGCUGCCACCGACUUGCUCCUCCUGCCGCCUCUCAUCAUCCCAGUCCGAACUGGGUGGGCUUAUUGUUCGACUGUCACGCGAACACCAGAUAGUGCUCGAUAUUUUCUAUCCCACGAACGAUACAGCAUCUCACCGUGUUCGAUUAGUCGCCCGACUUGGCCAAUUGGUCCUGAUCAAGUCCGUGUUGCUGCCGUCGUUACUUUCCUCUCAGCUGGUGCUGAUGCCGACCGCUGCAAACACCUGUCGACCCGUGCUGGAAAUUUGGUCUCGAUAGGCCAUUCGUGCUUGACGGGUUUGGAGCAAGGAGGAGGAAUUGUGUUAUAGCGACGUCCUGCAUUGCUUUCACGAUGGCGUCGAGCUACGACGACGCCAUGCUCGGCGAGCAUGGCCAUGGCCAUGGCGACCACUCCCACGAUUAUCACGCCCAGGACAUGCCCCCGCAUGCCGAUUCAAACUGGCAGAACGGUGGUCAAAUAUACAGAACUCGCACACCCGACAACGGCAACUAUCGACCGCGACCACCCGCAUCCGCCCCAGGUACACCGAAUCCCCCAGGAUGGGCUGAGGACCAGCCGCCCCGCAAAAGUGCUGAGCGGAAUAGAUCGCGAGGUCGAAGUGGAAGAUCCGCCAGCGGCCAGACAAGGACGUGCCAGGCGUGUGGCGAGCCCUUGACGGGUCAGUUUGUGCGAGCUCUUGAUGGAACAUUUCAUCUUGAUUGCUUCAAGUGCCAGGAUUGCGGGGAGAUUGUGGCCUCAAAAUUCUUCCCUGCCGAAGACGAAAAUGGCCGGGGACAAUAUCCUCUGUGCGAAACCGAUUACUUUCGUCGACUUGGCCUCCUUUGCUACCAGUGCGGGGGAGCGCUCCGCGGCUCCUAUAUCACAGCCCUAGACCGAAAGUACCACGUCGAUCAUUUUACUUGCUCAUUAUGUUCAACAAUAUUCGGCGCUCAGGAUAGCUAUUACGAACAUGACGGAAACGUCUACUGCCAUUAUCAUUAUUCUACACAGUUCGCGCAGCAGUGCAAUGGCUGCCAGACAGCCAUUCUAAAGCAGUUUGUCGAGAUCUUCAGAAAUGGCCAAAACCAGCAUUGGCACCCCGAGUGCUACAUGAUUCACAAAUUCUGGAAUGUGCGGUUAGCGCAACCUACGGACGCGCGACCCGCGCUCGAAAGUUCGGACGAUGCUGCGGGCAGAGACCUUAUCCGUGUGGAGGAAGAGCGCAUGGAAGAGAAGGUGUUCCGUAUAUGGAGCGUCCUGUCGACUUUCGAAGAGUCCUCUGCUGCUUGCAUAUCUGACAUGCUGCUUCAUGUUAGCAAUGGCUCAUAUGUUGAGGGUGUCUUUGUUGCCAAGCGCUUCAUCUGGCACGUUGAGAUAUUGUUCCAGUCAGCAGAUCGCCUAGAUGAGACUAUGGUCGGCUUGAACGAAAAAGGGAUGUCAUACGGGCGAGAAGCCAAACUAUUAUGCAAGAAGAUCGUUUCCUUCUUCUCUCUCCUUUCCAAGACACAAGACAACGCUACUCACAAACUCGGUGUCACACAAGAGCUGCUGUCCCUCGUCACAGGUCUUGCCCACUAUCUCAAACUUUUAAUUCGAAUCUGCCUUCAGGGUGCCCUCCGUCUCGAGCGCGAAGCUAGCGCAUCCACAGGCCUGUAUCAGUUCCUGGACGAUUUGAGCGACCUUGACGCAAUAAAGAACGAUGACGGUCAGCUGUCGGUGACUGCAAGCGGCGGAAAGCUCUCUGCCAACGACUCUGACCACUGUUCUCUCUGCCACAGGUCUGUCGAGGACGAGUGUGCCAAGAAUGGCGACCUGAGGUGGCACCUGAACUGUGUUAAGUGCACGAGGUGCGGGCGAGAUGUUGGACGAUCUUUACAAGAGGCUUGUCUCAACGCAUUGGAUCGAAAGAUAUACUGCACCAACUGUGCCGGAGCCAACGCUUUACCACUCGAGCACGUCUCAAAACUGCAGCAAUAUGUUUUUCUACUUCGAGUCGCCUUGGCUCGGCUGUUGGAUAUUCUGAAAGCUAAUGGAACUCUCCCACGAUCCAAAGAUGACAACGAUAAUAACGGGUACGGUACAGGCGAUGGUCAGGGAAGUGACCCGAGGUCAAGAGGAGGAGAUUCACAGUCACGUGGACCCGGUGGCAGCAAACGAGAGUCGUCUUAUGAGAACACUCUCAAUGAUGUACGCAGGCUACGAAGUACGCGACUGGAUAGGCACCUGUCGUCUAGUGCUCGACAAGCCCGAAGCUCUCGAGUGAUGGACACUGAUGGCAAGGGCCCUCGCCCAGGUUCGUCUGGUGAUGCUGGGCAGGGCCACGGUGCACAAGGCUCGACCGACAUUAUGUUUGGACAAAAUGAUGGUAUCACUUUGGAUGAUAUCUCGAGGAUAGUUGCUGUCGAGCAGUCUAGAGAUCUGCAGCAGAAAGCACCACAGCCCUUUCAAGAUCGAUCGCUAGAUGCAUCUUCUUCGAACCAGGGUCAUCUGCGGACGCAGUCAGCCGACCGAGAGCGCACCGAAACAGUGCAAGAGCGAAUUGGGCGUAGAUUUUUCUCUGAACUCUCUGGUCUCGAGUACUUCAACGUUCGCCAUCUUGCCGUUCUCACCAUGCAGCCCAUGAUUGAGCAAGAAUUCUCACUGGAAGAACUACUGAGCUUCAUUGAGUCGCGUAAACAGGGGGCGAGUAUCUGGAAGAAUAUCGGAAAAGCCUUUAAGAAUGAUAAGAGCAAGAACGUCAAGAAAAAGGGUGUGUUCGGUGUACCUCUCGAGAUAAUCAUCGAAAGGGAUGGUGCGGAAUCGACAGACGGUGUUGGUCCGGGCACGCUUCGAAUCCCUGCUGUUAUUGAUGACAUUGUAUCGUCGAUGCGUAAGAUGGAUCUCUCGGUUGAGGGCGUGUUCCGAAAGAAUGGCAACAUCAAGAAGCAGCAAGGCUUGGUGGAUACCAUCAACGCUGAAGGUUGUGACGUGGUCAACUUUAUGGAACAGCCCGUCGUUCAGCUUGCUGCGCUUCUCAAACGCUACCUGCGAGAUCUACCAGAUCCGCUCAUGACUCACAAGUUAUACAGGCUAUGGAUCAGUGCAGCCAAGAUUUCGGACCCUGAGAAGAGAAAGCGGUGCCUGCACUUGACCUGCUGUCUCCUACCAAAAAGCCACCGAGACUGCCUUGAGAUUCUGUUCAGUUUCUUGAAAUGGGCUGGAACGUUUCACCAGCUGGAUGAAGACCUUGGUUCUAAGAUGGAUACGAGAAAUCUUGCCACUGUCAUUGCGCCCAAUAUCCUAACAAACCCCAACAGGGCACCUGCAUUAGAUAGCGAGGCUAUGUACGUUAUUGACGCCGUGGAAAUGAUGAUUACACAUAUCGAGGAAAUGUGCCAGGUUCCCGAUGAGAUCCUUGGCCUCAUGAACGACCCUUAUAUCUUUACCAACAGUGGAGACCUCACGACGAAGGAUAUUCUGAAGCGAUUCCAAGACCGACGGGGACAGAUUUCUAUUGCUGAUGUGAACGAGGUCUACAACCGUCAGGAUAACUCCACCCGACCACCAGCUCGGCGAGUAGAAACUGACCCAGCAGUUUGGCAGGGUGAAGCCACUGUUCGCACGAUACAAGACCCUUCAAUGCCUAACCCCAACAAUGGGCAUGGAACUCCCCCGGCGCGGUUCCGAGGACGAAACGAUCUGGGCAAUGCUUCGCCUUAUGGGGUCAACCAGUUCAACCAGUCGGACAGUCAGCUCGAUAGCGCCGAGCACAGCAGGAGGCGAGAAUGGCGUAACUCUGGUAUGGGACGUCAAGGCAGCGGACUUGGUGUGUCCGGCAACUCAUGAUACUUGUCUUUCACAAUGAUAUUCUUGAUUACACCUGGGCCCGGAAACGCCCAGCGUCAAGCUUCGUUUCGUUAUUCUACAUGCAGUUCAGGAGGUAUGAUUUGGGAGUAGAGAGUUAUUUGCAUAGUCGACGGCGUUCCUCUUCGCUUCUUCCUCAGGCUUAUAUAUGCUACCUAUAUCAGUGCAUACAACUGUCGAACAAACAGGAAAAGAGCAUUUUACCAAUCACAAAACCCUUGGCAUUCCUCGUUUUCUACACCACACGACACGACAAACCUGGUAGUUGUCUUGUUCUUUCUUCUAGGAAACUGAGAUGAUGAUCUCGCUCCUAUCACUAUUCCCUUCUCGACACUCAACUUCAUGCCAUGUUCUCUUCGAGCUCACAUCACCUAAAUAGCAUGAGACAUACAUGUCUGCCAAUGCCAUCUUCUCUUGGGUUUAGUGUUUGUUCUUUGGGCAGGGGAGGGGCUGGAGGCCUAUACCUCUUUUCUUACGAAACAAAAGGGGGUUCCAAGAAAGGGUGUUAUUUUUUUUCCCCUUCUUUCUAUCUACGGUGCUCUUUCUAUCUUCUUCUAUACCUGAGUUGGAUGGAGUAAACCAUGUUAGCGGGUUGAUUCCCAUUGGAGUGUUGAGACCGGGCAAGGCGAGGCGAGAUCAAGAUGAAGAGGGUCAUUGACUCCUCGUGCAAAAUAAAAAAAAUGCAUGCAUGUGUGCUGGGUCAGAUAUGAGGAUGCAAACUACCUUAGUUUAUGUUGGCUUCAUUCUGGGAUCAGAUGGGAUCUGGGUCACGCAUUUAAGUGAUGACAAGCGAGAUAGGAGCAAUAGAUUAUGUUCCGUAUGGAUACUGACGAUUGAACGACUGGACCUUGGUCUUAUCUGCUUAGAUACAGCUAGAAUAAUUCUGUUCAAAUCAUGGAAUCCGGCGCUAUAUUAUAAGACACUACAUUCCAACGAACGUUAGGCUACUUUGAACAAUGUCAC